CAUCUUCUUUCUCUCUACCGGCGACGGUGAAGCUUCGAGCUAAACCGGAAUAAACCUUUUCCGGUACUCGAUUGCUGUUUAAGGAUUGAGCUUGACAUCAACGAUUUCGUAGUGGGUUUUAGAUUAUGAACACAGAAACACUCUGAUUCCGCCAUUGCUGGUCACUUGCUCUUCGAUUCAGUUAACAUAACCAUUUCUUCUCGCCAUAUUCCGUGCUCCGGUGCCAGAAAGUGUCCGACUUUUUAAAUUGGUCGACAGGAAAUGAAGUAUGUGAAGCCAUUGAGCUUAUUGGGUAAUGCGUUGAAGUCAAAACUAUCAGUCCCUGGUCGUUUUCUGGGUUUAGAUGUUGGUGAUAAGUAUGUUGGAUUAGCUAUUUCAGAUCCUUUAAAUAUGGUUGCGUCUCCAUUGAGUGUUCUGCUUAGGAAGAAAACAAACAUUGACUUGAUGGCUACAGAUUUUCAGAACUUGGUCAAAGCAUUUUCUGUGUCGGGCUUAGUUGUUGGCUAUCCAUUUGGUAAACUAAACAAUGUAGAGGAUGUUGUCACUGUGAAUCUUUUCAUCGAGGAACUUCGUAAAACCGAAAAACUCAAGGAUGUGAAGUACACAUAUUGGGAUGAGCGAUUAUCAUCAAAGACAGUUGAACUGCUGUUGAAGCCCUUGAAUCUACAUCCAGUUCAAGAGAAGACAAUGUCGGACAAGUUAGCUGCAGUUGUUAUACUUCAGGAGUAUUUAGAUUACGCUAACAGGUGUGUAAACACUGAGCCAGCAGAGUAAAAGAAUAACGAGUAGUGACAAAAUAGCCAAAGCAGCUGUUUCGGAUAAUGAUAUGAUGAUGUUUGAUUUGUGAGUUUAACUUAUGUAUACAAAAAUAACAGACAUCAUGUAUCAAACAAAUUAGUAUCCUCUAAGAAGUUUUGUUUUGGCCGCA